AUGGCCUACGUGCAACACUGGGAUCUGAAUGAGCAUGAGGAGAAGAGCGAGAAGGAGCUGCAGCUCGAGCAGAUGUAUCAGCACAUUCUCGACGCCAAGCAGAAACGGGUCAACAAGGAUAGAAUCAAGCGUCUAGCCGUGGGCCCUCUACUCGCCCAGCUGAGAAAUAGUUCGACGAACCCCGAGCUGGGCGACGAAAAUCAGAACAAGCCGAUCGCGCCACCGAGAUCCCCGAUUCGACAGCGAAGCUUCAUGAUGGCGCCCAACUUUGGCCCCCUGGACGUGCUGGUGAAAGAGGAAAUGGUGCGCCACUCGAUUCUCGACAAACCAUGGCUAUUGGAACAGGUGUACGAAACGGCGGCGGCUCCUCCCCAUCCCACCGAUAUCCCUUCCAUUCAACGGCUUGUCCGGCAAAAGAUGCCGCGGUGUAAGAUCUGCCGGAACCGUUUCGGAGAGCGAUUCCUGAUCGAGGUCCACAUGAGGGAAUGCCAUCCGGAAGACUAUGAAGAAUAUGUCUAUGAAAUGGAGAAGACGGCAUUCGAUCAGAGAAAAGAAGAAAUGGAGAGGAAUAGAGCCGAGAAGAUGGACUAUCAAGUCGAUGACAUCCCCCUUCCCGGAGAACUAGACAUUGAGGGAAAGGCGUCUCGAUUCGUCGACAAAUGGGGAUCCAUUUUCCCGAAGAAGAUCAGGACCAAGAAGAAGGUCUCCCCGCAAUGCCCCCGUUGUGACAAGCGAUUGAGGAAUGAUUCGUCCCUCAAGAAGCAUAUCAUCAAGAAACAUCCCGAUGUCGUCAAUUUCACGCAAUGCCGCCAGUGUUUUAAGGUGUUCGGCACGAAAACGGAGCAAGAGCAGCAUGAUUGUGACCUGUCAUUCCUCUGCUUCGAGUGCACCCCCAUCCGAAACCUCUACACGGCCAUUCGACUCGCCACGCACAGGGCUAAAUUUCACAGGGGCCGCGACUCGGGAUUCAAAUGCGCCGACUGCUCGCUGAAGUUCUUGACGCCUCGCAAGCUGAGGAAACAUCGAAAGAUGACCCAUGUCUUUACAAGAACAUAUCAUUGCCAUUUCUGUGAUGAAAUCUUCAUCUCUGAAAUAGCUGUGACGACCCACGAGAGAAUCCACACCGGCAUCAUCAAGUUCGAGUGCCAGAUUUGUGAUUAUCGAUGUGGAAGAUACCAAGAAAUGGAGCGUCACAAACAGGAAGAACACGGAUGGAGAUGCGCCAUUUGCAAGGAUACAUUCGCCGAAUGGAAUGAUCUGAAGAAUCACACGAUGCAUUCCCAUGGUGGAUAUCUCACCAACGAGGCCAUGUCUUCUUCGUACAUCGAGUCUCCCCGUGUGUGGUUGAUGUUCAAGGGCGAG